UGGUUUAAUGUGUGUUAUUCCAGUUACACAAGGCCACAGUCAGCCAACAAGACAGAGCUUGUUGUGUUUUUUUAGCGCUCUUCCCAUGAAAGGUAUGUUGACAUAAUGAGGCGAUCUCAAAGCACUGUGACAGUUUGAAAUCAGCACUUUUACGAUUUGCUCUCUUCAAAUUGUUUUUUAAACUGAAAACACAUUAAUGGUCUGAUGAAGCUCCACCUCUCAACCUCUCACCUUUCAUCAUCACGACAAACAGGAAAUAGAGUUUGGUUUCUUUUUUGCUUGCUGGAGGAGUCACAUACACAUUGAGUGACAGAUUAUCAAAUUAAUUUUCAUAACUGCCUCUUAAGGUACAAGAGGCAAAACUGGAAUAUGUUUAUUUCAACCUGCUGCUGACUGGAAGAAAAGAGGAAUCAAACUGAAACUGACUUGAUACAGCAGCAUAGGGAAACAAGUGACUGGCUUCCUGUUUUUCAGCGCUCAGUGUUUUUAGCUUUGGUCACAGAGAAAAUGGCUUCAGCUGAGUCUGCAGGUCUCUGCAGUCUGCACUCUGAGAAACUGAAACUCUUCUGUCUGGACCAUCAGCAGCCAGUGUGUGUCGUUUGCAGAGAUUCAAAAACACACAAUGGCCACAGAUUCAGACCCAUCGAUGAAGCUGCACAGGAUCUUCGAGAGAAACUCCGCAAAUCCCUGAAACCCUUACAAGAGAAACUGAACGUCUUUAAAGAAGUUAAGGGAAAUUGUGAUCAAACAGCAAAAUACAUUAAGGUCCAAGCUCGAGACACAGAGAGGAAGAUUAAGGAGCAGUUUAAGAAGCUUCACCAGUUUCUACAAGAGGAAGAGGAGGCCAGGAUCACUGCUCUGAGGGGAGAGGAAAAACAAAGAAGUAAAGUGAUGAGGGAGAAGACUGAGGCUCUGAGCAGAGAGAUAGCAGCUCUUUCACACAUAAUCAGAGCCACAGAGGAGGAGCUGAGAGCUGAAGAUGUCUCAUUCCUGCAGGACUACAAAGCUGCAGUGAAAAGAGUCCAGCAGCGCCCCCUGCCGGAGGAUCCACAGCUGGUCUCAGGAGCUCUGAUAGAUGUGGCCAAACACCUGGGCAACCUGACCUUCAACAUCUGGAACAAGAUGAAGGAGGUGGUCUCCUACACUUCUGUGAUUCUGGAUCCAAACACAGCUCAUCCAGAAUUUAUCCUGUCUGAAAAUCUGACCAGUGUGAGAUGUGCAGAGAAACAGAAUCUUCCUGACAAUCCAGAGAGGUUUGACUGUUAUGGCAUUAUCCUUGGCUCUGAAGGCUUUAAAGCAGGAACUCACAGCUGGGAUGUUGACGUUGAAGACAGUACAGGUUGGGUCCUGGGUGUGGCAACAGAGUCUGUCCAAAGGAAGGGAGAAAUCAAGUCUGGAUUGUGGCGAAUAGGGUUAACUGAUGGAAAAUAUGCGGCAGUGUCACCAUCAGAUCCCCGCAUUGUUCUGUCAGUGAAGAAGAAGCUCCAGAAGAUCAGAGUUCAUCUGGACUGGGACAAAGGAAAACUGUCAUUCUUUGAUCUGGAUACUUACACUCGCAUACACACCUUCAUGCACACUUUCACUGACAUGCUGUUUCCAUACAUAAGCACCAGAAAUGAGCUCAAAUUAAAAAUGUUACCAGUGAAAGUCUCUGUUGACACUGAAACAGUUUAGUCAGUGAUGACGAUGUAGCUUGAAGAGUAAUUGUUGGUUAAAUGGCAACGAUGAAGACUUACAAGCUAUUAAUUUUCUCUCUAUGUAUGUUUACAGAGUAUCACAUACUCACCUAUAGGCUUGUAAUGUGGCUCUGAAGAGUUUGGAGUUUACUCCUUUCUCAGCUUGAAUUUACAGUACCUACAAUAGAAUGUGGAGUCACAUCAAAAUAUACUGAAUAAACAUGUACAUGGAAACUUCUCAAACCA